AUGUCUCCCACUCGCACCGCUAACGCCCCCUUCGACGCCUCUGAUGCCGACGUUGUCUUUCGCACAUCGGACGACGUCGACUUCAAAUUAUAUCGCGUCAUCUUGGCAAUGGCAUCUCCCGUGUUCAAAGAUAUGCUCGGUCUCCCGCAACCGCCUUCCUCCGAUGUCGAUGAAUCUCUCCCUGUUAUCCCAAUCUCUGAAAGUGGCGCCGCCCUCGAGCCAGUCCUACUUUUCUGUUAUCCAGCGACAACCCCAGUCAUCAAAAACCUUAGUGAAGCGCGCCUUGCUCUUGACGUAGCCACCAAAUACGACAUCGCUUGUGUCGUUAACUCCGUGUCUCUCCAGAUCAAUUCCCCUCGCUUCAUGGAGAGUCCCGUUGGGACGUACUUCCUAGCAUGUCGCUAUGGAUGGAAAGAGGUCGCAAAGUCAGCAGCAAGGGCUUGCCUGACGAUUCGUUCCUUGGGGCGUCCCAGCGUGUUUUCUCCAGAACUGGAGUUGGCAACCGCUGCCUCGUACCAUAGGCUUUUGGUUUAUCACCUGGCAUGCGGCACAGCAGCUAGAGCUUUGGGACUUUCGAUGGGCUGCCGUGGAUCACAGAUAUCCUAG